UCCGGGAGGAGGACAUGGCAACCCACUCCAGUAUUCUUGCCUGGAGAAUCCCAUGGACAGAGGAGCCUGGCGGGCUACAGUCCAUGGGGUCGCAAAGAGUGGGACACGACUGAGCGACUAAGCGCGCAGCCUCUUUCUGUCUCGAUUUGAAAUUGGAUUUCAGGGAUUGGACUCCUCGGGAUUCCGGGGGCGUGGCUAAGAGGGGCGGAGCCUGUGGGCGUCCUGGAGAUGAUGCCUAGCAACGUCCGGAGGAGGAGGCCAAGAGGAAAGUGAGGACCGCGAGUAAGCUGGUCCAGGCCGAGGGGUCCUCCUCGAAGGGGCCUCAUGACAGACUCCGGAGAGGAUGGUCUGGAGCAUGACAAAGCUCCCUCACAACACAUCCCAAAGCCAUGGGUGAUUCCUGUGCCAAAGGGGACCCUCCAGCGCAUCUUUGGGACCAGCCAAAUCUUCCAGAACUUUGAUGAUAUAAAACCAAAGGCUACGGGGUUAACCGUGCCCCUCAAAGUCAGGGAAUACUACCAUCGAGCUCAUCAGUGCUUGGAGCAAGAGGACUGGGAGAUGGCCGUGCUCUUCUUCUCCCGCGCCCUCCACCUGGACCCCCAGCUGGUAGAAUUCUAUGCCUUAAGAGCCGAGGCUUAUAUCCAGCUCUGCGACUUCUCCUCGGCCGCCCAGAACCUUCGGAAGGCCUACCACUCCCAGCCAGAGAACAACAACUACCUGGAGCGGCUCGCCCUGGUGCUUUACCUGAAGGGCCAGUGUCUUUUUGAGCAAUGCGCCUUUCUGGAUGCCUUGACCGUCUUCUCCCAAGCCUCUGAGCUCCAGCCUGAGAAAUUCUGCUUCCGGUAUCGAUGCAUGGCCUGUCUCCUGGCCCUCAAAAAGCAUCGUGAAUGCCUCUUGUUCGUCACCAAGGAGGUGAAGCAAGGCACCACCAAUGCGGAUGUCUACAUCCUCAGGGCCAGGCUCUACAACUUCUUCCAUAAGCCCAACCUCUGCUAUCGAGACCUACACAGUGCCUUGCUAUUGGAUCCCAAGCACCCACAGGCCAAGGUGCUGCUCCAGGUGAUGGUGGGCCAGGCCGAGCAGGCACGCCAAGAUGCCGGGGUCCUGGCCGUGCAGGGCAAGUUGCAACAUGCGCUGCAGUGCAUCAACUGUGCCAUUGAGAACAACCCUCUGGACCCCAGCUUCUUCCUCUUCCGGGGCACCAUGUACCGACGGCUCCAGGAUUUUGACUUGGCAGUGGAGGACUUCCUGAAGGCGCUGGACAUGAUGAGCGACCACCAAGAGGAGCUGGUGCAGCAGGCCCAGCGCCAACUGCUGCUGGCCUACAACGACUUCGCGGUGCACUGCUACAUGCAGGGAGCCUACCAGGAGAGCGUGCUGCUGCUCAACAAGGCGCUCAAGGACGAGCAGCAGGAGAAAGGCCUCUACAUCAACCGCGGCGAUUGCUUCUUCCAGCUGGGCAACCUGACCUAUGCUGAGGCGGACUACCAGCAGGCGCUGGCACUGAGUCCGAAGGACGAGGGCGCCCACCUGCGCAUGGGCCUGUUGCAGGAGAAGUUGGGCUUCUGCGAGCAGCAGAGCAGGCAGUUCCAGAAGGCAGAGAACCACUUCUCAAUGGCCAUCCAGCACAAUCCCCAGAAGCCCCAGUACUACCUGUACCGCGCCAGGAGCCGGCAGCUCAUGCAGAACAUUUUUGGGGCCCGCCAGGAUGUUGCCACUGUCCUGCUCCUUGACCCCAAGCAACCCAAGCUGCUUCCGCUGAUGGCCAGUCUUUUCCCUGGCAUGUCAGUGGAAGAGGUGCUAAGCAGCCAGGUGGCAAACCUGGCUAGGUUGCAGCUGGAGCGGGUGGUGGAGCACAGCAUGUACACCAGGACCCCUCAGGACAUCCUGGGGCAGCUCAAGGAUCGGGAACAGAGGGCCCGGGCCGUGAUCCUCUCUUGGAAGCUGGAGCCGCCUUUACUGGAGACCCCCAAGGAGAUGGAGGCCCCUCUCCAGUUCCCGCAGGCAAAGCCAGAAGGCCCAGAGGAAGAGGUGCAGGUUCCUGGGAAGAAGGAGAAGCUGAAGCCGGCCCCCAGCAAGGAGUCAUCCUUGACCAACAGCUACAUCAGCCAGACCUCUUUAGGCUCCAUCUUGGGCUUCAGAACCAGGUCCACCUCGGAGACGGAGACGUCCAGUACGGGUCAGGAAUACAGGAGCACUUCCACCACUGCUGUGACAGUCUCUGACUCCUCACUGCUAAGGACACAGUCCUCAGACUCGGGGGACAGCAGGAAAGACCUAAGCCUAAACCACAGCCCCAGAGAAACCAAGUCCACCCCAGGCCACCACCAGAGGCCCAGCAAGACAGAGGCCGCCCUCAUCCACAGCCAGAGGCCCAGCAAGACGGAUGCCACCCAGAUUCAAAGCCAGAGGUCCAGCAAGAUGGAGGCUGCCCUCAUCCACAGCCAGAGGCCCAGCAAGACGGAUGCCACCCAGAUUCAAAGCCAGAGGCCCAGCAAGACGGAUGCCGCCCAGAUUCAAAGCCAGAGGCCCAGCAAGACGGAUACCGCCCAGAUUCAAAGCCAGAGGCCCAGCAAGACGGACGCCACCCAGAUUCAAAGCCAGAGGCCCAGCAAGAUGGAGGCUGCCCUCAUUAACAGCCAGAGGCCCAGCAAGAUGGAGGCUGCCCUCAUUCACAGCCAGAGGCCCAGUAAGACAGACACCACCCAGAUUCAAAGCCAGAGGCCCAGCAAGACGGACGCCACCCAGAUUCAAAGCCAGAGGCCCAGCAAGACGGACACCACCCAGAUUCAAAGCCAAAGGCCCAGCAGGAUGGAGGCCACCAUCAUCCACAGCCAGAGGCCCAGCAGGACGGAGGCCACCCUCAUCCACAGCCAGAGGCCCAGCAGGACGGAGGCCACCCUCAUCCACAGCCAGAGGCCCAGCAGGACGGAGGCCACCCUCAUCCACAGCCAGAGGCCCAGCAGGACGGACGCCACCCAGAUUCAAAACCAGAGGCCCAGCAGGACAGAGGCUGCCUGGAGCCCAAGGCAAAAGCUCAACAAGACCCAGGCCACCCAGGGCUCAAGGCGGAGGCUCAAAAAGUCCAAGGGUGCUGAUGGUCAAAGCUGGAGACUCAGAAAGGCAGCUGCCACCCAGGACCAAAGCUGGAGAAUGAUCCAAAGCCCCAGCAAAAUCAGCACUUCCUAUGACUCAAGUUGGAGCCCCUCCAACACUGAGGCCACCAAGGGCCAGGCUCAGAGUCAGAGGCCUAGCCAGUCCAAGGCAGCCCAGAGCCAGAGUGCAAGCCCAGGUUCCAGCAAGACCGAGGUCACCUGGGGACUGAACCCAAGUCUCAGCAACAUGCAGACCGCCCAGGGCCCAAGAUAGAAGCCCAGCCCCAGCAGUGAGGCUGCUCUCUGA